CAUUCUCUUCCCGCCCAGCGCCUCCUUCUUCCUUAAAACCUAUCCAUACGUUUUUACUUUACCACCAAUCCAUCCAUCCAUCUACUAUUCUACCCUCCAAUCCAAAUCUUCCUCUUCCAACCAUGAAUCGAAAGGAUCGCACCAGAUCAUCUUCCAAGAGAACGGACGAAUCUUUUCUCAGAUAUCUAAAACCAGGAGCUCUCGCACAGCUUCGUGAUUCACGAAUCAACGCUAGAUCCAACCGUCUUGACUUGAAGUUCCAGAUCUCUUCGAUUCGUAUUCAAUCGCCACUUCUGUCGCCGAUCCGUAGCCCUAAUCGUUUGGCGGAGAUCAACGAUGGUUUCCUUCACUUCUCAGGCAAGAUCUAUGGUCCUAGAUGUCAGCAGAGGAAGAGACUUUUGGCGUCUAGAUCUGUCUUCUUCAUCAACUCAAGUCCGGCAAGUCCAGUUGCUGAUUCACCUGAUUCUGUUAUCGAUGCUUUUAGUAAUGAUAUUCUUGUUUCGCAUUGAAUGAACUAUCUUAUUUCUUGAUUUAGAUCGAGAUUUCUUCUGUUAUCUGGCAGUUCUUUGUCUGCCUUCUUUCUUUACUAUUGUGACAUACAUAUUAAUUAGGCAAAACAUGAAAGUAUUCAAUAAAACAACUAUAUUUCCUGUCAUA